UCGCUUAGUAUGCCGCGGUGUGCCGAGGCCGAGGUAUUAAUAUAUGUAGUAUGUAUCUGUGCAAGUACAUUUUAUUGUAGUGAGCUGUAGCGAGCAAAGAUCUUCUUUGGUAGUGAUUCGCAGUUCCGUGAGAGGUUUCUGGUGUCAGGCGAGAGCGAAUGUCGAAUUUCCUUAUUGUGGGACGGAGGUGCGCGUGUCAGGAGACCGCGGGAAAAUGAAUAAUGACGACGCAACCAAGAAGUGAAAUAUGAUCGAAGCAAAAUGAGGAGAACAUAUAACACUACAGCAGAUGUCGGAGCAGCCGAUUAUCUCGACCAAACGAUACGUUUGCACAAGGGUAUAACUGAUAUUGCUAAAAGAUUAGAUAGCCAAAAAAACCAUGCACUAACGAUAACAGAUAUAUUUAAUCCUUCGGGGGAAAUACUACGGAUGAAGCUUAAAGAUUAUUGUCUAAGAUUACUAACUAAAGAUCCUGUUGGUUAUGGACGUAAAACUGAAGAAUUGUUAUGGAGGAAAGCAUUUUAUGAUGCUGUCAGUGCCGCUAAAAGAUUACGCAAGAGCAAUAUAUGGAAUGAAACCGAGAAGGCAUUGUUAUCUGUUCAUUUGGCAGUUGGAGUUGGUUUUUACCAUCAUUUGAUAUUGAAAUUGCAAAUAGAAUAUAGUAUAAAUCAAGUUGGUGCCAUGGAUUUUGCAUAUUUGCAAAAUAAAUCUGCAUCAGCUCCUACAAGACGCAAAAUACCCAAGGUUCCUGAAGAAGUGACGGAGUCUGUUAUCCGUCUCAUUCAUAGGAGUUUGGUAUGUCUUGGGGAUUUAGCUAGGUACAAAUUAGAAUUAGACCCAUAUUGGGAUCCAAUGAUAGCAAAGAGAUAUUAUAAAAUGGCUAUAGGACUCAAACCAAACAUUGGCAUGCCGCAUAACCAAUUGGGCACUAUAGCAGGCAAUCAAAAUUAUGGUCUUGACGCUGUGUACCAUUACAUCAGAUGUGUCCUAUGUACCGAACCAUUUGAAGGAGCAGAAGGAAAUUUGAAACGAGCCAUAGUUACUCACUCUAUUUGCAACGAUAAAAACUUUCCUAUUCACAUGUGCGUAUCGAGAUUGUUUUCUUUAUUACAGUUAUGGGAUUGUGAUUUUCCGAAUUCCGACAGAAUAAACGAAGAAUGUCAGGAUCUCCUAACUAGCAUCGAAACUUGCUUAAGCACUGAACAGCCUGAAUCAAAUGACACAACUUAUAAUAAAAAUAAAAGCAGUAUCGAUGCGUACCUUCAGGGUUGCAAAAUCGAACAAACGAAAUAUCUAACGGACGACAUGAUAUUUAAAAUAGUAGCUAUAUGUCUCAUGUCCAUUUCAAGACUAAAAAGCAAAGAAUCUAGUGAGGUUCAAGGAGUUGUAGCCAUAACAUUAGCGAUAAUGUCUCAACUGAUGCAGCUUGCAAUAACAAGAUUGCAAGAAUCUCUCAUAGACACACCAUUGUGUAACAUAGAAGAAGUUCUACAAUCCAACCAUCUAUCAACGCCAAAGGAAAGCAAAAAUAAAUCUGCUGAAGAAGGAACUAAAACAAUAAAACAACACAAGUCAACUGGGAACAACAAACUAAUUCCCAAAAAUGACAAUAAAAGUUCGACCAAACAAAAACAUACUGAAAAGAAUGGAGAUAUUAGAAAUGGUCCUCGAAAAAAUCGGGAUAAACCAAAGAGUUUGCUGACUAAACUUCGGCGACGAAAACGAAGAAACAGCAGUGAUACAGAUGGGAGUGAUGCUGAUCAUGUGACUGUGUCUUCAAGUGAUGAGAUCAAUUCAGAUGUUUCUGAGACAGAGGAGGAUGUUUUAAGCGAAGGAAACGUUUUAUCGGAUGAUGGAUUAUCCGAUGAUGGUUCCGACGAAGAGACUUUGCGAACGAAAGAAAACGCAGACAACUCAAAAGAUAAAGAGAUGAACGGACACGUAGAAUCUGAAGAGAAGACUAAUGCAACAGAUGCAAUAAAUCAUCAUGCAGAAAACGGUGAGCAUGUUUCCAACGAUCAAGCGAAAAAGGAACCUGGCGGCAAAGAUCCUGUAACCAAUUUUAAAGAUACGAAUAACUUUAACAAUGCUGUCGAAGAUGGCAAUGCAUCCCCAGAUAAGGCAAUAUACGUCGCGCUACUGAAGAAACAGAAUCUAAGAGCGGAUCAGGUGCUAAACAUUUUAAUGAGGAAGGAUAUACUGGCGUCCAUUAAAAUAUGUUGCGACUGGUUAAGAAGCAAUCCGGACAUCGUAAAGAUAUGCGGGAGAAGCUCUCGGACUUUAUUGAAACGGGUUACGAUCUUAUUAAAUUUAAUCAAUAUCGACAUGAAUACGAUAUUGAAAAUAUCUAAAGUGGACAGCAUGAUUUUGUCAAGCGUGGACAAAUUGAAAGAGUGCGUUAAGAUAGUUCCAUUACCAGAAGAUGCAGACUUGAGAGGAUUGAAUAUCCUGGCCGAAUCUCAUAAGUCGCUCAAUUGGAAGAUACUCCACGAGCAUAAAAUGAGUAAAAGCGAGGAAGUUAUAGUGCGAGUAUUGAAGUUGAUUGACUUUGGACACUUUCUUCAUUCUGUAGAGGAUGCAGGUGUCAAGUACGACCAAACAAAUCAGCAGUUUAUAACUGUUGAUUUGAAGACAAUCAAUGCAAUGAAAGACAGUAACAGGGAAGCGGAAAUGGAUCAGUCACGAGGAAAGUUGAUGAGACACAUGGGCAAGUUAUGGUUGAAAGCAGAGGUUUGUGCCUUGGAAAGUCGUUUGAGAUCCAAGUUAAUAUCUCCUUACUUGGUACCUGAUCAUGAAGUUUUAUCCAAGCAUACGCCUGCUCUAAAACGAUUAGUGUACGCCAAAAAAUUCAUCAUUGUGAUUCCUAGUGUUGUUGUAUCAGCGUUGGAUGAGGUUAAACGUAUCAGCGGUCGAGCAAGAGAAGCAACACGCUGGAUAGAAGGUCAAUUAAAACGCGGUUCAAGGUUCCUACGAGCUCAAAGACCGCACGAACGUUUAGCACUACCGUACAUAAAGGGUCCGAGGCCGAAAGACAAAGAAGCAUGGGUGUUUUUCCAAAUUAUAGAAUGCUGUCAUUAUCUCACGCAACAAAUGAAAAUUGGCAUGACUAACGACGCGGAAACACCAGUCGUGACUUUGUUAACCGGUUGCAGUCCAGAUGAUAAAAAAGUUCUUACUUUUAGUCCCGAAGGAUUGGCGAAGAGUGCAGGUGUCAAUAUCGAGUAUAUCGAGACAUUUCAAACAAAAUGGAGGGCAUCGAGCAAGAGUCAUGGUUGAGCAUGCUGAGUUAACGAAGAUGAUAUCAUCUACUGCUUCCUCGUACCGAAAUGAAAGUAAGAGACUGGGCCCUUCUUGGGAGCUGCGAACACGGUCAGCUGUAAGGGCGAGUCUGAAAGGGCUGGAAACCCAAAAAGAAAAAUCGGCAGUUCUUCUGCGAUAAAUCUAAAUGGAACUAAUAUCUUUUCCAUGGAAGAAUUCUAAACAAUAAAUUGGUUUCCUUUUAACAA